AUGCUGCAUGCUUUGUUAUCAGCUUCUUAUUUUUUGCUCUAUUUAUUCACCUCAGCAGCUUCUUCUUCUUCUACUGUUCCUGCAUCAAAUUUGCUUGCACCACCUGAUGCUUUCGCUCUUCUCGCUUUCAAAUCUAAAGCCGAUUUGCACAAUAAUCUUCUAUUCUCUCAAAACACAACCUUUCAUAUCUGUCAAUGGUCAGGAGUCAAAUGCUCUGAAAGAAAAAUUAUCCGCCUAGUUCUCCAAGACUUGGAUCUUGGUGGCAUUUUCGCUCCCAAAACUCUAACUUCCCUUGACCAGCUCCGUGUUCUUGGUCUCCAAAACAACUCCUUAACGGGACCCAUCCCGUACGAUCUCUCUAAACUCACCAAUCUCAAAUCACUCUUUCUUGACCACAAUUCCUUCACUGGCUCUUUCCCUCCUUCACUUCUUUUCCUUCACAGGCUCCGCACUCUAGAUUUCUCUUAUAACAAUCUUUCCGGUCCCAUCCCCUCUGGUUUAAUCUCUCUAGACAGGUUGUACUAUCUUCGUCUUGAUUGGAACCGAUUCAAUGGUUCAGUCCCUCCCUUAAACCAAUCCUCUCUUUUAACUCUCAAUGUUUCUUUCAACAAUCUAAGUGGUGCAAUCCCAGUGACACCCACAUUACUUCGUUUUGGCCUUUCCUCCUUUCUAUCAAAUCCUAGACUUUGUGGAGAGAUUAUACACAAAGAAUGCCACCCCACAUCCCCGUUUUUCGGUCCAUCUCCAGCGGCAGUGACGGUGGCUCCCCCACCGGCAGUUGUGAUUAGUCAAAACCAAGCAUUACAAGGCAUUGACUUGUCACAGCAGGGUCAAAAAACAAAGCACAAGAGAAAUGCUCUUAUCUUUGGGUUUUCAUCAGGUGCAUUUAUUCUCAUUGGUUCGGUUCUCUGUUUGGUCAUUGCUGCCAGGAAACAGAAAAGUCAUAAGAAAUCGACGGCUGCGAUUGCCUCUGAUGGUGUUAUUGGACCCAUCGCUGAAUCUGGGGCCGUGAUGCAGAUAGAUCGACAAGAGAAUGAGUUAGAAGAGAGAGUGAAGAGAGUACAAGGGAUGCAUGUUGGAAAGAGUGGGAGUUUAGCAUUCUGUGCGGGUGAGGCACAUCUUUAUACGCUGGAUCAGCUAAUGAGAGCUUCAGCUGAGUUGCUAGGGAGAGGAACCAUGGGGACCACUUAUAAGGCAGUGUUGGAUAACCGUUUGAUUGUGAGCGUAAAGAGGCUUGAUGCUAGCAAAUUAUCGGAUGCAAGCAAAGAUGUUUUCGAGCAACAUAUGGAAUCAGUCGGCGGACUUAGGCAUCCUAAUUUGGUGCCUCUCAGGGCUUAUUUUCAAGCUAGAGAAGAAAGGCUUCUAAUCUAUGAUUACCAGCCCAAUGGCAGCCUCUUCUCUCUAAUUCAUGGUUCAAAAUCGACAAGGGCAAAGCCAUUACACUGGACCUCAUGUCUUAAAAUAGCAGAGGAUGUCGCCCAAGGCCUUUCUUAUAUCCACCAAGCAUGGAGGCUUGUCCAUGGAAAUCUCAAGUCUUCUAAUGUCCUUCUUGGCCCUGAUUUUGAGGCAUGCAUUAGUGACUAUUGCCUUGCAGUCCUUGCCAAUUCAUCAGUUGAUUAUGAGGAUGACCCUGGAGCCACGGCUUACAAAGCCCCAGAAACUCGCAGUUCAAGUCACCAGGCAACUUCCAAGUCUGAUGUUUAUGCAUUUGGCGUAUUAUUGCUAGAGCUUUUAACUAGCAAGCCUCCAUCACAGCUCCCUUUUAUGGCUCCAGAAGAUAUGGUCGAUUGGGUUAAGUCUAGUAGGGAUCAUCAAGAUGACGGUACUGGAGAAGAUAACAUGCUAGAAAUGCUUUUUGAGGUGGCUAUAGCUUGUAGCUUGACCUCACCUGAGCAGAGGCCCACUAUGUGGCAAGUGUUGAAGAUGUUACAGGAAAUUAAGGAGACUGUAUUACUGGAGGAUAGUGAAUUAGACCCGCAUACUGGGAUGUCCUAG